AUGGCGGGCGCGCAGGGCAGCUUCAGCCUGCGGGAGGUCCUCGCCGCCUUCCAGGCGUGCGUGACGGAGCGGCGGGAGGUGCUGCUCGGCCCCUACCUGUGCGGCUGGCGGGGGCUCAUCCGGUUCCUGCAGAGCCUGGGCGCCAUCUUCUCUUUCGUCUCCAAGGACGCGGUGGCCAAGGUGCAGAUCAUGGAGAGCUACUGCCGCGGCGAGCAGCGGGAGCGGUACGUGUCGCUGCAGUCCAUGGUGGAGUACGAGCUGGCCAACGGGCUGGUGGAGGCCCAGAAGCGGUCGGGGCGCCCCGACUCCGGCUGCCGCACCGUCCUGCGCCUCCACAGGGCCCUGCGCUGGCUGCAGCUCUUCCUGGAGGGGCUGAGGACCGCCCGGGAGGACUCCCGCACGUCCGUCAUCUGCACCGACUCCUACAACGCUUCCCUGGCUACCUACCACCCCUGGGUGGUUCGCAAGGCUGCCACGGUGGCCUUCUGCACGCUGCCGCCCCGGAACGCCUUCCUUGAAAUCAUGAACGUGGGCACGGCCGAGGAGGCUGUCGCUAUGCUGGGUGAGGCCUUGCCCUACAUCUGCGACGUCUACGGCAUCACCCAGGAGCUCUUCGCCCAGCACAAGCUGCUGGACCUUCCUUGACAGGAGGGACGUUGAAGAGCCACGCCACGUUCUGACAGAAGUAGGAUGAACCGGGUGAAAACGGUGUUUCAGAAAACUGGUUUUCUGGACAGCGUCUGGUUCUCCAUCCGUGGUCACUCUCCCUUUCCUUUUCCAGUACGGAGCUCACAAGCUGGCGAAGCUAUUCAGGGUGCCUCACUUUAUAACAGAAAAAAAUGUACCAAUUUGUUUUAAAUGUACGUAUAUCUGUGUGUGUGUAGAGCCUCGGUUCUACAGUAAGAAAAAAAACACUAUUAGCCUGCUUAAGG